AUGCAGUCCGAGAUGCUGCUCACUGUUGCUUCUCUCCUCGCUUUCACUUCUGUCUCCUUUGCUGGCCUCAUGCCCAAGUCUCCCAAGCCAGAUUCCGACAUCGCCAUGAAGAUCGGCUGCUACCCGACCGGAAAUGCUGCUGACCCCGACACCGCCAUGGCAUGGGACCUCUCCACCUGCGACGGCCAGCUGAAUGGUGACAACUGUCUUCGCUUCUGCACCUGCAACGAGUACUCCCAAAUCGUCUGCGACAGCAGUGCCAUGUCUGGCUGCAGCGACAAGACAAUGGCGGCUGCUUGCUCUGCCUCUGGAAACAACCACUGGUACUGCAGCUGCUGGCCUGCCAAGGCUUGA